ACAUUUGCCACCCGAGCCGUGCACAUCGCCAUCGCGCAUCGUCCGCGCACAGUCGACAUCUGAACUUGGACUUUAAAACGUUGUUGAUUGGAUAAUUACGAACAAGAAAAAAGUUUUUAAAGUGUACUUGUUGAAGUUUCUAGUGAAUAUUUCAAAAAGGAAUUAUCAUGAUGGCGAAAAUGAAUAAAUGUAUAUUAAUGGUGUUCUUUUGCGCUUCGAUGUCGUUUGCCUUGCCAACGGUGCACUUUGAAAAAACCGUGAGCACAGUAGGAGGCGGAAGCAGUGGUGGAUCAGGUGAUAUAGCUGUGAAUUUUGGUGGUUUUGACGCAUCUGCAGGUUCAGCUGGAGCUGGAGCUGGAGCUGGUUCGUCUGCCGCAGCUUUCGCUUCUGCCUCCGCCACAGCAACCGCAGGUAGUCAUGCAGGCGCUGGAGCAGGCGCAGGAGCUGCAAUAGUAGAGAAAGAAAUUACCUAUGGCCAUAAAACAAUCCCUCAAAAAACAGAAAUUGUUGCCGAAAAAACUUUCACAGAAGCUCCCAAGGUGAUCAGCGAGCACACGAUACAAGGUCAAGCUCAAGUGCAACGUACGGUCAUCGAAAAAACCGUAAUUCCGCAAUAUGUUGAGAAAACCAUCCAGGUGCCAAGUUAUGUGGAGAAAACUAUUCGUGUGCCUACUGUAGUCGAGCAUAAGGUUCGUGUUCCUGUUACGCCGAAAGUAGAAGAGAGGACUUACGAAGAAAACGCACAUGCUUCUGCUGGAGCUACUGCGCAUGCGCACGCAGGAUCUUAUGCAAGUGGAAAAGUGCAAUUGCAAGAACGUCCCAACACUUACGCCAACAAACAAUUUAUACAUAAACACGGUCUUUUCGGACUUUUUCAUAGCGGAAUUCGUACUAACGCAGCCAGUGCAUCUUCCGCAAGCGCUUCUUCCGGCGCGUAUGCAGGAAGCAGCAACACCAACGCAGGAAAUGGCGGCGUACAGGUUCAAUAUAAAUCCGGAGGUGGUGCUGGAUUAAUUGGAAACAUUUUAAAUCUUGCAUUUCAGAUUCCAGUCGCUACUCUAGGAGCCGUUGGUAAUCUGUUCAAUUCCUUUGGCACUGCUGGCGGAUCAGUAUCCAUCAACAAAAAUUACAGAUCAUACUAAAAAUUACUAUAAACACAAAAUAAGUACAUCCAACUACAUAUUUUAUUGUAAACAAUUUAAAUUCGUGUAAAAAUUAAUUAAUGUAUGUGUAUUGCCUAAUUGGUUAUUGUUAUCAUCUAAUUCGACAAGUUAUUUAUUAUUUUUAAUAAAUCAUCAACGUUUCUUAAAGAAAA